GCGAAGAGUGUGACUCCUGCUGCCCCCACUCGCCCGUGCUCCUGCCCCACUGGGACCUCCUGCAGCACCAGGGAAAAUGGUGGUGGGACAAGACCAUGGAAUCAGGUAAGGCUGAGGCAUCAGAGCCAAGAAACCCUGGUACUGAGGCAGCAGAAGGUUCUCCGGACACCUCCUUGGUGCUGCUGGCUGUCAGGGAGGGCUUUCCACCAGAGAUUUCGCUCUUCUUCUCCAUUGAGAGCCGCUCCUCCCGCUGCCUCAAUUCCCAGCUCCAGGAAGCAGCCAGGAAGAAGCUGUGGGCCCUAGAGAGUGACAACAGAGAUGUCUGUGCCCUGUUCAAGGAGCUGUCAGCCAGGCUGGUCUGUAUGCAAGCACAGGAGGAUCGGUUUGUCCUCACCUUCAAAACCCUAGAAGAAGUCUGGAAGUUUUCCACAUAUCUGACUUUAGGUUAUGUGGGCAGCUGCUUGGAACAGCUUCUCUUUGACCAGGAGUACUGGCUAAACUGUGCUCUGAUGGAGGACACAGAGAUCAGAGUUACUGUGGAUGAAGAUCGCUUGGCCACCAUAUAUAUGGGCCUGCUACUCCAGGAAGGUAAUUUUUUUUCCAGAGCAACUCCCGGUGCCUGGCAGCCGGAGCAGGAGGGAGAGGAAGGACUGCAGCUCUGCAAGAAUGAUCUGAUCCAUGUGAAGAAGGUUGGAGAGGAGUCCAGGUGGGAAGGGAUGUCCUUACUGACGGGUCAGCGAGGCCUGGUGCCUGUGACAGCUCUAGAGCCAAUACGUCACCCAUUUUACCAGUGGUUCCUGAAGAAUUAUGCUGUGAGUUUUGGCAUCUCCCAGGAGAUCAAUGGGACAACCACUCAGCCAAUUGUCAAAGGCAGGUGCACAGCCACAAAGGACCACAGAGGAGCAGCGUGGGAUGAACUGAGUUUUUCCAAAGGAGACAUCGUAGAAGUCAUCGGCUUCUUCAUUCCAGGACUCCCAUGGUUUGUGGGCAAAUCCCUCAGUAGUGGGAGCAUUGGAUUUGUCCCAACUCGAUACAUAAGUCCCGAGGCUUGCGAACCUCUGGGAAAGGGCUUGGUGUUUCUGAGUGAGGAAGAAAAGUCCCCACUCCUGCGCAUACCCUCCAAUGGUGGUGAGCAGCACUUCACCACCCUCCUCAGUGACCUGGCAUGCACGGACAUCACCUCUGUGUACCGGCUGGAUGGUUUUGAACCUACAGCCAUGUUCCCAAAAGUGCCGUCAGAGGCAGUUCUUCGUGGCUGUAAAGACAUCCAGCUGCUGCAGUCCUGGGAGGAAAUAAAUGAGUUGGCGACCACUAGCACCUCUGAGCUGUCUAGCCCAGCGAGUGAAUCAGCCCCUCAUACAUUGGAAGAUGUUCUCCUGGAGAAGCUGGAUGAUUUUGAUGAUCCCAAGUUCUUCAUUGACUUGAAUGCUGGACACAUGGAAGAUGCUGAUGUCUUUGACCCCAUAUUGACCUUCCUUAACCAAGACAGUUACAUGCCCAGUUUUCAAAGCCUCUAUGAUCUCAGUUUUUCCUUUCUCAACUCCACUUUUUAUGGUUUCUCUGAUGAGGAUGAACUGAUCUUGUACCUUGAAACAUCCAGGAACUGGGCCAAGAGGACUCAUUCAGUUUGGGCUCAUGUCAGGCUCUGUUUCCUCUUGGGUAAGCUGUGCAUCAAAAAGGUCAAGUUUUCCCAGGCUCGCGUCUACUUUGAGGAAGCCAUGAGCAUUCUGGACAGGGGUUUUGGGGACCUGCCCCUGUUGGCUGCAUUGCAUGUGAACCUUGCCUCCAUCUACUUGAAGCAGAACAUGAAACACAAGUUCUCCUCCCUGAUGGGAAAAAUGGUGGCUCUGCUCGUCUGCCUGCCUGGCCGCUCUUUCAGCUCUGAGAACGAGCUGGAGGUCAUGAUGUACGUCCUGAGGGAAGCCAUUGCUGUGGGUAAUGCUCCCUUAGAGGCACGGAUCUGCUUCCUUAUCGUCAAGCUCUUCCUGCAGCUGGGAAAAAAUGAAGAAGUGCUGCCCUUUACUGAGCAUCUUCAGUGUCUCACCACCACUUUACUCAGCCUGGACACUAGUUCUAUGGCACUAGAUGCCACCCCCAUCUUGAGCUACCUGUAUGACAAGAAGUAUUUGCCAAGUAUCGCACUGGCCUCUGCCAGGUUGUUUGUUCCCACUGGCAUCAAGGGGACACCAACACCCACUUGGAGAGCUGGCUUUAUCCUCCAAAAUACUUCCAAACUCCUGGGAAGCCAACUGGAGAGGAGCAGCAUCCCAGCACUGGCCUGUUUCUAUCUCAAGCAAGCACUGCAUUUCUCCAGUGAGAGCAGAGCUGUGCCCAUCCAGAGGACACUCUGUACCAUCUUAUCCAGGAUGUACCUCCAGCAUGGAGUGUUGGAUGGGGCGGUUUGCUAUGCAGCCAUGGCUGUAACCCUCAGCAGGCUGAUGGGUGAGGAGGAGGCUUUUGAGUCUUCCCUGUCUUUGGGGUGGAUGUAUGUCCUGCACAGCCAGCCGGGCCCCGCUGCAGACAUCAUGUGGCAGCUCUUGCGCUCUCUGCAUGGGACAGACAGCGUGACUCAAGGUGGAGCGGUGCACAAUCUCCUGGCCAUUGCCCUCAAAGGAGAAGGGCAGGUACAAAAGGCUGCAGAGAACUAUCUCCGGGCCCUUCACAAAGCCAAGGAGACCGGGAACAAGAGGAACCAGGCUAUCGCCCUGGCUAACCUGGGGCAGCUGAGCCUCUCGCGCGGGGCGAGCCAGCUCUCUGAGCUCUACCUCCUCCAGUCGUCUCAGCUCUACGCUGAGCUCCAGGGCAGUGAAGACCUGGAGAUGGAGUUGGUGCGGGUGCUGCUGUGGCUAGCACAGGCUAUGGUGAACAGGCAGAGGAUGGAGGAUGGCAAACUCUGUUAUGAACUGGCGUUGGUUUUUGCCCUGAAGUGGCAUAACGUGAGGAGUCAGCUUCACAUCACUGAGUCUCUCUGCCAUUUCUACAGCAAAGUGUCCCCCAAUCUCCAGGCCUGCAUCACCUACCACGAGCACUGGGUAUCUUUGGCACAGCAGUUGCAGGACAGAGAGCUGGAAGGCAACGUAUGGCAGACCCUCAGCCAGCUCUACCAAGCUUUGGACACAUCUGAGGCUUUGAGACAGUCCAUGGACUGCACUAAACAGAGUCUAAGGAUCUUCAUUGACCUUGAGGAGACUGUGAAAGCAGCAGAGGCCUGGCUGCAGGCGGGAAGGCUCUACUACCUUAUGCAAGAAGAUGAGCUGGUGGAAAUGUACUUUCAGGCAGCCAUUCAGACUGCUCUGAAAGGGGAGAACAUCUCCUUGGCCAUGGAUCUUUAUGAAAAAGCAGGUGACACCUUUUUUAAUGGCAGCCGAAACAGAGAUCGGGCAGUGGAGUUUUACAGGGGAGGUGCUGUGCCCUUGGCCAGAAAACUAAAGGCCUCUAAGACAGAGCUGCGGCUGUUCAAUAAGCUGACAGAGCUGCAGAUCAGGCUGCAGGGCUACGAGAAGGCACUGGAGUUUGCCACGCUGGCAGCCAGGCUGAGCAUCAGGGUCGGAGAUCAAUUACAAGAGCUGGUUGCAUUCCACCGCCUGGCUACAGUCUACUAUUUUCUGCAUAUGUAUGAGAUGGCAGAAGAUUGCUACCUGAAGACCCUUGCCUUGCGUCCCCCCUUGCUGCAGUGCUCUGGAGAGGCCCUGUACUACUGCAAGGUGUAUUGCCACCUUGGCAACCUCACCCUGCACAAACUGAAGGAUGAACAGGAUGCAGCAGCCUACUUCCUCCUGGCCCUUGCCGCUGCGACCGAGCUGGGAGACCAGGAGCUGCAGGGCCUCAUCCGUGCCAAGCUGAGUGACAUCCCCGGCGCCCUGCAGGGACCGGAGGGCACA